AUGAAAGCCAACACUAGUGACAUGAUACUUACUCCAAUGUAUCGAGCAAUUGUUGCUGUAUCUAGGAUUCAUUGUCUCUCGGAGGAAAAGCAGACCGAAUUGGAGCUUGCCGUAUGUGAAGCUGCAGAGGAACGAUUGAUUUGGGCACCAUCCAGCUGUAGGAACACAAAUGGAAGGCGGCAGUUAAGCUUCCUCGCUCCAAGGCUACCGCGAACUUAUAAUCCAGUACCUAUAGUUGAUACUGAUGUUCCAGUGGAUACGAUCAAUGCCGAAAGAAUACUUGAUGUGCAAAAUAGACUUUGCAUUGCUAUCAUCGCCAAUGAAAUAGCAUACGUACGAGUGUUGCUUGAAAGUCACCACGCGGAUGCCAAUUUUAGAAACAAAUACUUCGGUAGACCAUUGCAUCUCGCAUCAAGAUACGGACGAGUCGAUAUAAUACAGGUUCUUCUACACCAUGGUGCCGACUCCAGCGCGAUUCAACCAUAUUAUGGCCCUCACUGGACAGGAGGUUUAGAAAGGGAAAAGUACUUCUGUUCUUCAGGGAGCGCGUUGCGUGUAGCCGCAAUGAAUGGUCACUUUGAAGCAAUGAAAAUGCUUGUACAACCACGUUUUAAUGCAGUACUACCCCUUUCCCAAGAAGAAAUCCAAAUGGUUCUUCGUGUUGCGGCGAGGACAGGAUCUGUGAGAAUUAUUCUGUUUCUCAUGGAUAUGUUCUACGGGUCACAAGCUGAUAGAAAACAUGCAGAAGAAGAAGUUCUACUUCAAGCCGCUUCUUGGGGAAGAGAAAAUCUACUUAAAGUAAUGCUGGAACGUGGAGUAGAUGUCAACUGUAUUGCGGGACCGAAUCACACUAUGCCAUAUUGA